AUGAAGCCGAAGUCAAAACCACCAUCGCCGAGCUCCACGUUCUCCUACGAAGAAGACGAAAAGAUGUGGGAGUACAUUUGGAAUAAGGUAAAAUUCAGUGAAAGGUGCAUCCUCAAGGCCGCCGUUCGACCAAAUCAGUGGUCGUUUUGGAAUCCGUACAUCGAGAAGAACGGCUGUAAACGACAACCGCGAGGACUGGCCACUCAGUGAAAUUUUGUUCUAGAGACACUAACACGAUGUCUCUUUUGCAGCUUCCGCAUGAAAAUGGCGCCGAAUCUGCACGCCGCUCCGAUGUCAAAGCGCAUCAAGGCGAUCCUCUACUUUGUCUACAGCAUUCCUGUCGAUUCGAGUUUCCUUCCAAUCAUCAGAGCGUUUGCUCCGGAUAUCCAGAUCGAUUCGAAUAGAUGCCUGACUCGCCUGAUCAUAAAAUCAAAACACGAAGAAGAUACCAAACAGAAACCGGUUCUGAUUGAAGAGAUGGUGCUGGACAAAAGUAACCAUGUGCCGAUAAAGUUGGAAGAGCCUUUUGUGGUGGAUAAAGUGGAAAGAGUCAUGUUUGCGGAGUCGCCGAUGGUCAACGACCGUUCCCAACCGCUGCUUCGAAGUGUUCGCAACCAACACGCUCAAAUUUCGCUGGAUAUGAUUGCAGAAGUCCGCAACAGAACCUUCGACAGAAUUAAAGACAUUACCGAUUCAGAACAUGUUAGCGAUAAGAGUUGAUUAAAUUAUAUUCACAUUUCAAUAUUCAGGUGAUCCCCUUAUUCCAAAAAGCCAUGGACGAUGUAAUCGACGAGAUUCUGGCUGGCUCAAACUGA